AUGUCUGCACUCAAGUCCAACACCUACACAUCCCCAACAACGGGCAGACCAUGGUCCUACCUCACUGCUGGCCCUGUCGACGGCCCAUUGAUAUUCUUCAACCACGGCUGGCCUGGCAUAGCACUGACCUGGAAGCCUCAACUCCAAGCCUUCAGCAGCCUAGGCUUCUACGUCGUAGCCCCAGACAUGCCCGGCUACGGCGGGACAUGGACAUCCAAAGACUCGUCUGAAUUUGCACUCGAGAAACUUGUCCCUCAAUUCAUCGAGCUACUCCACCAUGUCGGCCGCACAGAUGCGAUUUGGGUCGGCCACGACUGGGGUUGCGGCCCGCUGUACGGCCUCGCCGCUCACCACCCUGAAGUGUGCAAGGCGAUAGUCGGCAUAUCCGUGCCGUAUCGCACCCUCGAAGUCGGUCUACCAACUGCGCUCAAGCUCAUCGAUCGGGACCUGUACCCAGAGAGCGAGUACCCUUGGGGCCAAUGGGACUACCAGGUCUUCUACGAGCAGGAUCCGGAAGCGGUCGAUCGCCAAUUCGAAUCCGACCUCGAGAAGAACAUCAAAUUGGUCUACUCAAGGGGGAAUCCCGAUAGUGUGCGCGCUCCUGCACGAACCUCACGGGUCACGAAGGAUAAAGGCUGGUUCGGCGGCCCAGACGCGCCAACCCCUGAUCUGCCGCUCCCACGGACCGUGCUGGAUCAGGAUCUUCUGAAUGAAUUGGUCAUCAGCGCCAAAAAGAAUGGCUGGCAUGGCGCGUCGGCAUGGUAUCUCAAUCACGCGGCAAACGAAAAGUACGCGCUCGACAAGACUGUGAAUAAUGCCGUGCUGAGGGUACCCGUGCUGUUCAUUCACACCGAGUACGAUGCUGUUUGUCAGACGGCGCACAAUCCGAAGCUCAUGGCCGAGAUGCGAGAGAAGUGUGAGAAACUAUCUGAGUUUGUGGUCAAGGCAGGGCACUGGGGUGCGCUGGAAUGUCCGGAGGAAGUCAAUGCUGGGAUUGCUGAAUGGGUUCUCAGGGAUGUCAGAGACUCAUGGCCAGGUCCGGCUAUCAAGAGUAGAAUAUGAGGGCGAGAGUCCUAGAAGUUAGUACCUUCCUAUAUACUUUUAUCGAAGGCGGACCGGACUCCAAAGACUCGCUGGCCAUUACACCUCACUCCUCGAUCAUGAACUUCCAACCCAACGAUUGCCGCAUCCGAAGGAGCGCUGGGCAAACUCUGUCAACCUUGUGGACUCUGUUGCGAAAGUGAACGAGGAUUCGAAGGUUAUUUUGAAAUAACGGUUGUUGCGCGAAACUGCAGCUGGAUGAGGUGAGAAGGAG